CACAACUAAGUCUCUUUUCAAUGGCCCAAGAGCAGCAGCAGCAACAACAGCAACAUCAACAGAAGCAACUCCUCCCCGGCAUGUGGCAGUGGCCGAGCCACCGGUCGGGGGACACUGACAACUCCUCAGAGGUGAGAGCUUUCGCUGACGACUCCAAGAGCUAUUUAGCAACAUGGCCACCAAGAUGUUAUACUUGCACCUUUUGUCGGAGGGAGUUCCGUUCAGCUCAAGCUCUCGGUGGACAUAUGAACGUUCACAGGCGAGACCGCGCAAAGCUCCAUCAGUCACCCAUGGUGGUCUCUGAUCCCUCUUCUUCUUCUGCUUCUCCUCCUCUUCCCCCUCUUGUUAUCUCCAACGGUGGCAUGUGCUUCUUUUAUCCUUUACCUGCAGUGCCAAAUGGUGCAGUGCUUGCAGCUGCACCAUCCACUGGAACUCCGGUCACCUGCACUUUCAUCCCAACAACUUCCUUCAGUGAAUCAAUCAAAUCUGAUUCAAGUGCAAGUAGUACUAGUACUCAAGAACUGGAUUUAGAGCUUCGUCUUGGAUGGUGAUUAAUUAAUAACUUUAAGCAGAUCCAUAUUAUAUAUGUUUGUGUUUAU